AUGUUCGGCUUGGAGACAAAGUACCGUUUACAAGGCACGAUGUAUUCGGGAGAUUCAACGUUGAUUGCCAUGUCGACGGGUUAUGGUCAACCACCAGAGAAAGGCCUCCAAUGUAGUCAAACCGGCCAACGAAAAGACUUGAAACUCGUCGACAAUGCUAUCAAAUUGGUAACAAGCGAGCGGACGGCAUUCGUCAAAGAGUUUGAAGCCAGCGCAGCUGCCUACAUCGAACAUUCAGACAGGGCUUCCAUCGGAGGUUACGAUCUUCAAAGCCAGCCCCCCCAUAUGAUUACAGCUUACAUCAAUGGCCUUACUGGGUUGACGUCCCAUGAAAGUGUGGCCUCAUCGAUUAACUUCACCCGCGACGCACAAGGGGUAUUAUCAUUUUCUUUCGAACAUCAUCUUCUGAUGGAACUGACAUUCAGUGUUUUCAGAAACCGUAUCCGGCUAUUGCGAACGGUCCAGAACAGCGGUGAACGCACCUUGCUGGACCUGUUCCCUAAUGACUACCGAGAAAUUCCGACACAACUCAUGUCGGUGAUAUGUGCAAUGUAUGUAUUGAAGUUCAAGCGUCGCUUUGUUAUCAACCCUGGCACUUUACGCUCUGCGGACGUGCGUCACGAGGCCGUCCACCAAUUACAUCUCCUCACGAUGGCCCGCCAGCGCACUGACAAUGAAGGAGUUGAGUUGAAUUACUGGAUCACUACCCGCGACGGAGAAGGUGGCUGGCUAGCUGACCUCCGAAAUGCGCUGGCGUUAGCAAACGGCCUACGAGGCCCGACUCGGAGGCAUGAUUGA